GGGGACGGUAGGUAAACUGCUGUUGGAAGAAGCUGUGAUUUCUCCCCUAUCUAUUGUUAAUGUGAUUUCUCCCCUAUCUAUUGUUAAUGAGAUCCCGUUCUUGCCUAACAAAUCUUGGCAAAAGCAGUUGGUAAUUAUUGCUGUAUGAAAUGGCAGCGAACAUUUGAUUUGGAAAAAAGAAAGUGAGACCAACAUAAACGUGAGCGCUCGAUUGUGUAAUCUGAGUCAUGUAUCUGUGACCAUACACUGAUGCCAUGUGCUGGAGCCUGCCCCUCUACACUAACACAGAGGGUAACUGCUGCACUGUUCUGUCUGGGGACAUGGGCAGUAGGGAAUCUUUAAACGUUGCUGAAUGUCAACCUCAGGGACUUUUUCUAGCUUUAGGAAGCAGACUGUUGUGGCCAUUGAAACACUGUGUUGCAUUUACACACACAGAGACACACACACAGAGACACACACACAGAGACACACACACACACAGAGACACACACACAGAGACACACACACACAGACACACACACACAGAGACACACACACACAGAGACACACACACACAGAGACACACACACACAGAGACACACACACACAGAGACACACACACACAGAGACACACACACACAGAGAGACACACACACACAGAGAGACACACACACACAGAGACACACACACAGAGACACACACACAGAGACACACACACAGAGACACACACACACAGAGACACACACACACAGAGACACACACACACAGAGACACACACACACAGAGAGACACACACACACAGAGAGACACACACACACAGAGACACACACACACACACAGAGACACACACACACACAGAGACACACACACACACAGAGAGACACACACACACAGAGACACACACACACACAGAGACACACACACACACAGAGACACACACACACACAGAGACACACACACACAGACACACACACACACACAGAGACACACACACACACAGAGACACACACACACACAGAGACACACACACACACAGAGACACACACACACACAGAGAGACACACACACACACAGAGACACACACACACACAGAGACACACACGCACACAGAGACACACACACACACAGAGACACACACACACACAGAGACACACACACACACAGAGACACACACACACACAGAGACACACACACACACAGAGACACACACACACACAGAGACACACACACACACACACAGACACACACACACACACACACACAGAGACACACACACACACACACACAGAGACACACACACACACACACACAGACACACACACACACAGAGACACACACACACAGAGACACACACACACAGAGACACACACACACAGAGACACACACACACAGAGACACACACAGACACACACACACAGAGACACACACACACAGAGACACACACACACAGAGACACACACACACAGAGACACACACACACAGAGACACACACACACAGAGACACACACACACAGAGACACACACCCACACAGAGACACACACCCACACAGAGACACACACCCACACAGAGACACACCCAGAGACCCACUCGAAUCACAACGUCCUCAUAACCCCGUUUCCCAUUACGUCUCUGUGCUCCGUCCCAGUUGACCCAGUUAGGGGGGGUGUCAACCCCUGUGUUUCAUCCUAAAGCUAGAGGCCCCCAUAAUGGUGCCCAAGGCUCUGGUGUGGUACAGCAGUCCCUCUGUAAGCCCCUUGGUCAGCACUUUAUCUGGUAUGGUACAGCAGUCCCUCCGUAAGCCCCUUGGUCAGCACUUUAUCUGUGAUUGACUUUUACUUGUCAUUUGUUUUUUUGUUUUUUAAUUUAUGUUCAGUUCAAAAAGCCUGCUAAACGUAGGUUCAAGCAGCAGUUUGAUUUUUAUAACCUGGAAAUGCAAUCUUUAGGUAUCAGUGACUUUGUCCCUAAUGGCUCCCUAUAGUGCACUACUUCAGACCAGAACUCUAUGGCUCCCUAUAGUGCACUACUUCAGACCAGAGCUCUAUGGCUCCCUAUAGUGCACUACUUCAGACCAGAGCUCUAUGGCUCCCUAUAGUGCACUACUUCAGACCAGAGCUCUAUGGCUCCCUAUAGUGCACUACUUCAGACCAGAGCUCUAUGGCUCUGGGUAACAAUUACUGGGAUUGUUUUCAAUUAAAAUGGUCACAAAGAAGGACAAAAUGCAUUCUUAGCAAAGGGCAAGAUUUUAGCUCUGGCUGUCUUGGAGUGGUCUGAGUGGGGAGGGGAAAACAGAACAUUAGCUGUUAUUGGCAGAGACGUUUGGAACUCUUUCUUAUUGGUCAAUUUACUGCAUGGUGACCAUGGAAGGACAAAACUCAAUCUCAACAAAAGAGGCUUACAUUUCAGCCGGUCUUUUCAAACCGUUCUUACACUUAAAGGGCACUAUCAUCAUUCCACAGUGUUAUUCCAACCUCCUAGUGUGGAAAUAUAGAUAAAACACAGGGAAGCGUUUUGACUGGGCCUGUAUCCUUUUAAUAUUUUUUACAUAUUACAUUUUGGUUACAUUUUUUUGUAAUUAUUUCAGAUGUUAUCUAAUUUAUGGCGUUGGGCUAUAAGAGAGCGAGGGAUGUUGUUACUCAGUGCCUGUGUUUUUGGCACAUCUUCUACUAGCCCAGUCUGAAAAUGUAAUUUAACUUCCAUCCCUGAGCACAGUGCUUCCAUUUGAGCUGUGGGACUGAAUACUGUGUAACCUACUUUCUAAAUCAAACAUUUGUACUAUGGGUCUAUUGAUAUUUCUGCCUAUAAUGUUACCAUAGAGAAUCACACUAAUAUUUUCUAACUAAUUUAUGUAGAUUGAAAGAAAAAAUAUAUAAUCUGUAUCACUGACAAAUUAAUUAUUUUAUUAAGAAAAUACAAAUUGCAUAAUUUUUUUUCUAAAUAUUGAAAUCGUUAAUAUAUGACUUAUAGAGAUGCCGAUUAUGAAUGCUAUUGCUGUAUAGCAUUUUGAAGUAUUUUUCACCAGUUAGAUUGUUUUGGACUAUAAAAUGAUGCAAAAACUAAAAUGAAUGAGAAAAUAUCCAUAUGAUUGACACCUGAUGGGGUGUUAUAUUGCCUCCAAUAGGACACCUGAUGGGGUUUAUAUUGCCUCCAAUAGGACUCCUGAUGGGGUUUUAUAUUUCCUCCAAUAGGACUCCUGAUGGGGUGUUAUAUUGUCACCAACAGGACACCUGAUGGGGUUUAUAUUGCCACCAAUAGGACUCCUGAUGGGGUUUUAUAUUGUCACCAACAGGACACCUGAUGGGGUUUAUAUUGCCACCAACAGGACACCUGAUGGGGUUUUAUAUUGCCACCAACAGGAAACCAGAUGGGGUUUUAUAUUGCCACCAACAGGACACCUGAUGGGGUUUUAUAUUGUCACCAACAGGACACCUGAUGGGGUUUAUAUUGCCUCCAAUAGGACUCCUGAUGGGGUUUUAUAUUGUCACCAACAGGACACCUGAUGGGGUUUAUAUUGCCACCAAUAGGACUCCUGAUGGGGUUUUAUAUUGUCACCAACAGGACACCUGAUGGGGUUUAUAUUGCCACCAACAGGACACCUGAUGGGGUUUUAUAUUGCCACCAACAGGAAACCAGAUGGGGUUUUAUAUUGCCACCAACAGGACACCUGAUGGGGUUUUAUAUUGCCACCAACAGGACACCUGAUGGGGUUUUAUAUUGCCACCAACAGGAAACCAGGUGGGGUUUUAUAUUGCCACCAACAGGACACCUGAUGGGGUUUUAUAUUGCCACCAACAGGACACCUGAUGGGGUUUUAUAUUGCCACCAACAGGACACCUGAUGGGGUUUUAUAUUGCCACCAACAGGACACCUGAUGGGGUUUUAUAUUACCACCAACAGGACACCUGAUGGGGUUUUAUAUUGCCACCAACAGGACACCUGAUGGGGUUUUAUAUUGCCACCAACAGGACACCUGAUGGGGUUUUAUAUUACCACCAACAGGUACCAGAUGGGGUUUUAUAUUGCCACCAACAGGACACCUGAUGGGGUUUUAUAUUGCCACCAACAGGACACCUGAUAGGGGUUUAUAUUGCCACCAACAGGACACCUGAUAGGGGUUUAUAUUACCACCAACAGGACACCUGAUAGGGGUUUAUAUUGCCACCAACAGGACACCUGAGCUUCUGGUGUAAAUCCAUCAUUAUCAAUGAAGACAUGGCAACAAUGGGUAAUUAUUCAUGUAAAGUACCAUGGCUUUUUUAAAUUACAAUGUGUAUUUUGUUGUACAUAUUUUCUGCUUGAAUGGUACUGCAGAGCAAACCAAGCGGCUUUAUUGUUUUCUCAUUGUCAUUCUAACUGAAAAGUCAUUUUUUUACAGUUUGUCCCUUCAAAAUAAAAAUACACAUUUUUUAUUUCUUAAA